AUGGAAUUUACUCAAGAAACAACUUCCGCGAUAAAUUUAGGUAUUCCAACUCACGAAGGGAAAUUGGCGCAAACUCAUUCUAAAACUGGUCAAGGUAUUAAGAAUGUAAUCUUUGGUUCGAUUGCAGGAAUGACGGGUAAACUUGUAGAAUACCCAUUUGAUACAGUCAAAACACGUCUUCAAGCACAACCAUUAGAUCAUAAGAUAUUUAAAGGACCUUUAGACUGUUUUAAACAGACGAUAAAUCAUGAAGGGUUUUGGGGAUUAUACAGGGGUAUGUCGUCUCCAAUGGUGGGAGCCAUGCUUGAAAAUGCAAUGUUAUUCCUUGUAUAUAAUCAUAUUCAAAUGAUGAUUAAAGAAUACACAACACCAGCAUAUAAACGUCAUCUAUUAUAUAAUAAAAAUUUUAUGGAUGAAAUAUCGCUUGACAUGGGUCAAUUAUGUUUAGCGGGAGCAUUAUCUGGAGCAUUAGCCUCAUUUGUGCUUACUCCUGUUGAAUUAGUUAAAUGCAAAUUACAGGUUCAAGAAAGUUUUACAUAUAAUAAUAAUUCAUCAACUUUUAACGUUUCUAAUAAAUCAACAACAAUAUAUACCGGUCCAUUAUCAGUUAUUAAACAUACAUUAAAGCAACAUGGUAUAUCAGGAUUUUUUCGUGGACAUACUGGAACAUUUAUUAGAGAAACUGGUGGUGGAGCUAUAUGGUUUGGAACCUAUGAAUUCGUUUCAAAAUUGUUCAUGAAUCAAAGAGCUAAAAUGAAAGGAGUUGAUAAAAAUUCGGUUAAGAAAUCAGAUAUGAGUCCAUUACAUUUAAUGACGGCAGGUGCAUGCGCAGGAAUGGCUUAUAAUAUUUUAGUAUUUCCAGCAGACUCUGUUAAAAGUCAGAUGCAAACUGAAGAGGAAAUGAUGCAAGCUACGGGAAAAAUUAUUAACAAGCUUAACAAGCGUGGAUUUCUCACAGUUGCAAAAGAUUUAUAUAGAGCUGAUGGAAUACCUGGAUUUUAUCGUGGUUGUGGAAUUACGGUUGCCAGAGCUGCACCUUCUAGUGCCAUAAUUUUUAUGACUUAUGUGAGUUUUUUUUUUUAUCGUGCAUAUUGA